AAUAAAAAACACAGGCGCCACUGCAAAUCGAUAACCUCCAUUCAUCCCGCCAUGUUUUAUCUUCCACUUAAACCCACAACUCCAUUCACCUUCCUCAAUUCCAAAACCCUAACCCCACCCAACUGCUGCAAAUCCCAGCCCCAAACCGAGCGGGGAGUCUCCUUCGACGCCGGCGACACCUUCUUCCGCCACGAGAGCUCCACCGCACGCGACCUCGCCGUCCUCUCCGCCGCCAUCUACAAGAAAUCGCACAAUGAGCUCCGGGUGCUCGACGCAAUGUGCGGCUGCGGAAUCCGCUCUCUGCGGUACCUGGCGGAAUCCGGCGCCGAUUUCGUGCUGGCGAACGACGCCAAUCCGGACUGCGGCGGAGUUAUUGCGGGGAAUUUGGAGAGAGCGGACGCGGAAAAGAAGCGGUGGGUGGUUAAGCAUUUGGAGGCGAACCGGCUUCUGACGGAGUGCUAUUUGGAGAGGGAUUUUUUCGACUUCAUCGAUGUCGAUUCGUUUGGGAGCGAGUCGAGUUACCUUCGGGCAGCUAUGAGUGCUGUGAAAUUGGAUGGGCUUUUGUAUGUCACUUCCACCGAUGGGUAUUCCUCCGGCGGCCACCGGCCUCAGCAAACUUUGGCUGCAUACGGUGCAUAUGUUAAGCAUAUGCCAUACUCAAAUGAGCUUGGAUUAAGAAUGCUUAUAGGUGGAGCUUUGAGGGAGGCUUCAGUAUUGGGUUAUCAUGUUGUGCCACUCUUCUCGUACUACUCCUACCACGGCCCCGUUUUUCGAGCAAUGCUCCAAGUUAGGCGUGGCAAGUUUCCCAUUAAGAGGGAUUAUAGUUUCAUUAGCUACUGCAUUCAAUGUGGAAAUUCUCGGGGAUUCUCUUGGGAUGAACUUGGUCAGAUGAGGUGCUCUUGCAACGACAUUCCAGGUUCUCUUGUUGUUUCAGGGCCACUUUGGACAGGCCCUCUUCACAAGGCAUCCUUUCUUACUGAGAUGCUAGAGUUGGCCGGAAAAUGGGGUUGGACCGACGAUAGAACAGGAAAACAUAUAGAAACACUGUUAAAAGUAAUGAUUGAUGAAAGUGACCCUGUUUUGCCAUUUGGAUACAUCAGAGUAGAUGAGAUAGCAAGUCGAGCCAAGGUUAAUUCGCCUCCCCUAAUCUCUCUGUUGGCCACCUUGCACAAGGAAGGAUAUGCUGCCACAAGAUCCCAUAUUGCUUUGAAUGCAAUCAAGACAAACUGUCCUAUGGUCGAAUGCGUGAGGCUUGUUAAAGAAUUCCAUUCCAUGUCUGCCGAUGAAAAAUCACAUGGGCUCAUCGAAGCAUAACAACAAAUACUUGCAUGGAAACACCUGCUUUCAUGAUCCAAAUUUCAAUGAAGCCUGAAAUUGCUUCACAAAGAGGAGAUUCAAAGAAAGGCACAUCACCCACAAGUUUGGCAGUUUUGCUGGUCAUUGAUUAAAUCAUAUAAUUUGUAGUAGAUUUUUUUUCUGGUUUAUUCUUGCCAGGAAACAGAAAAUUCAGAGGAAAACGAUAGAUAAAUGAAAAGAUGAAGGACGAAGGGUUGCAUG